AUGAACCGCGUCGCACGCAUUGCCAGCCACGUGAGGGAUGGCGUGGCGCAGGUUUCUCCACUGGGAAACUUGGAGAUGAAGUUGGAAGUGGAUGGAAGAGCUUGGCUUGGCACCUUGGACCUUCCGGAUGCCCACUUUCCGACCGACGGCGUGGCCGGACCGAGCGGACCGAACGGGCCGAUUCCGCCGUUCGCGGUGGACUCCCAUCGCUUAGGAGCCCAGCCGACCGCUGGCUACUGCGCCGCCGAGAAGGGUGAGGACCCCGACGACGUGGUGAUCUGCUGCGCGGUGCGAACUCCCUUGUGCAAGGCCAAGCGCGGAGCCUUCAAGGACACCGCACCGGAACUUUUGCUGGCGGCAGUCUUUAAGGAGGUGGUCGCCCGGACCAAAGUGAAUCCCAAGGACAUCGGUGACAUUCAGAUUGGCAAUGUGUUGCAGCCAGGAGCCAGUGGCCUCACCUCCCGCAUGGGGCAGUUCAUCGCGGAGUUGCCCUAUGAGAUUCCCUUGAGCACGGUGAAUCGCCAGUGCAGCAGCAGCUUGCAGGCCACUGCCACCAUUGCAGCCUUCAUCAAGUCCGGUGUCAUCGACGUGGGGCUCGCCGGUGGUGUGGAGAACAUGAGCAUGUUCCCCAUGAUGGCCACCAUCGACAUCACCAAGCUCUCCAAGGAUGUCUUGGACUACCCGGAUGCCGAGGCCUGCUUGCUGCCCAUGGGCCUCACCAGCGAGAACGUGGCGGCCGCCUACGGCAUCCCGCGCGAUCGCCAGGACGCCAUGGCCGCCGACUCGCACCUCAAGGCCUUGGAAGCCCAGAAGAACGGUUGGUUCAAAGAGGAGAUCGUCCCCGUCACCGUGGAGACCAAGCAAAAGGACGGCAGCGUGAAGAAGGUGGUGAUCGACAAGGACGAGGGUCCACGUGGUGGAACCACCAAGGAGAGUUUGGGCAAGCUGAAACCAGCCUUCAAGGCGGGCGGCAGCACCACCGCAGGCAAUAGCAGCCAGGUGACUGAUGGCGCUGCCAUGGUGCUCUUGGCCAGGCGCUCGGUUGCGAAGAAGCUGGGUUUGCCCAUCGUGGCGCGCUUCCGCUCCUUCGCCUGCGUGGGCGUGGAUCCCAAGCUCAUGGGCAUUGGCCCUGCCUUCGCGAUCCCUCCCGCACUCGAGAAGGCUGGUUUGAAGGUCGAGGACAUCGACAUCUACGAGAUCAACGAGGCCUUCGCCUCCCAGGCGACCAUGUCCAUCGAUCAUCUUAAGAUUCCCAUGGAGAAGGUGAAUCCUAAGGGCGGCGCCAUCGCUCUGGGCCAUCCGCUGGGCGCCACCGGUGCCCGGCAGAUCGCCACGCUGCUGCCGGAGCUGAAGCGACAGAACAAGAAGCUGGGCGUCACGUCGAUGCGGAAGGGAGGCGGAAGGAGGCAGCUAAGGACUUUGAAAUGAAAGGAGCAGACUGGAGGUGUCAAAGAAUGAGGAGACACGCAUAUGCAUGGUUUCAUAUGCAAUUUGUUUUUGCUUAGUUCAUGAGAUGGAAGAAUCCUGGGCACAUUGGAUCAGAUUUGGAAGGAUACCUGGCCAUACAGGAUCCCCACGGCACGGUGGAUCGUGAACAAACCGUGCGGCGUUUCGAAG